AUACGAGAAACAUUUCCGUCCCGCCGUCACAAGGCUGGGCGGAGCACACAUCAACGGAGCAGCACCACCAAAACAGAAAAAAUAAUCCUGCUUCUUUCGAUGGACUCUCAGGUAUUUUUUGGAUAUAAAAAGUAGAGAUGCCCAAUAAUAACACAACUUCAAAGUAGAAGCGUUUAGGUCGAACAAAGUCCAUGAAACAAAAACAGACAACUUCAAGACAACCGUUUCUAAGUGGACACGCCAAAGACACUUAUGAGACAUCAUGGACCAAGACUCGGAGCGUGCUCAGUUUGUGGAUGCCCACUGGAAAACUCUUGUUCAGAGAGUAAUAAUGGUGAUGGCAAUAGCAGACGAACUGCAGUCAGAUGGUAUGCUCGAGUGGGAGCCAUACUGUAAGAUCAAAGCAGCAGUUACUAACCAGCAGAAAAUGAGAGAGCUUUAUGAAGUACUGCAAUCUGGAGGAGACCAGGUUAAAUCUGCCUUUUAUUCUUCUCUGGAAAAGCAUGAGCCUUAUCUAUUAGGAGACCUUGGUAGCAUCAAAUUGAUGGGAGAAAGCCUUGCAGACUGCUUAAACAAAUACAAGAUGUGGAUCCAGAAGGAAUAUGAAUAUGUGACCGAGUAUAACUCUCUGCCUGGUGAAAAUGUGCUGUUGUCUGAACGCUUCACUCAACCUCUCAUCAUCAUGAGACACAGAGUGAGACGAGAGCGAGAAGAAGAGAUGUGCUCUGUCGGAGAAAGUUUCCAGCAGCUCCUCGUCUCCAGAAAUAAUGCGGACAAGGACAGCUCCAUCCUGGAUGCACUCUUCGGAGCUGAUAGUAAAGGAAUCAGUCCAAAUUCUGUCAUUCUUCAAGGAAACUCUGGGAACGGCAAAUCCUUCACUGCUCAAAAGAUCAUGCUAGAUUGGGCAUCUGGAAAGCUUUGCAAAGUUGAAUUUGACUGUCUGUUUCACUUGAAAUGCAAAGAAGUCAACCACGUGUCUGGAGAGCAGAGUUUGACAGAGCUUUUGAGCUAUAACUCCAAUUUAACAUCAGAGCAGAUCUCGCAGAUCCUGCAGAAGUCAUCUGAGAAGGUUCUCAUCCUCAUUGAUGGUUUUGAUGAACUCCGGUUUUCAUUUAGUGAUUUUUCAGAUCAUCCAAAACUCAAGCAUCUCUCUGAAAAAGCUCCACGUGAGGCUUCUCUGAAGGUCCUGUUGAUGGGUCACAUCUUGUCCAAGACCUCCCUGCUGGUCACUACUAGAUCUACAGCUACAAAUACCCUGGACAGUUUGCUCAAGCACCCUAAGCGUUUCACAGAAAUCAUGGGUUUCUCUGAGAGGGAGGUGAAGGAGUAUUUCCAGAAGUUCUUCCAGGAUGAGGAACUCUUCAUAAAGGCUUAUGAAUAUGUGAGAUCAAAUGAAACCCUGAUCACCGCCUGCUCCAUCCCUGUCAUCUGCUGGAUCAUCUGCACAGUCCUGCGAGAGCGCUUCAGUGAGGGUUCAGAUUUAACAAGCGGUCUGGAAACCACCACCUCCAUCUAUGUUGACUUUGUGUGCACUUUACUGGAGCAUCACAGCCAGGGUUUGAGUCAGCCUGUGCCGACUCUCCUGAGGAGUCUGGGUCAGCUGGCAGAGAGAGGGAUGCUGGACACACAAGUGCUGUUUGAAGAGAAAAGUGUGGAUGAAAUGGUUUCAGCAAGUCCUUUCUUGUGCAAGUUCCUCUUCAAAAGAAGAAUCCGCAAGGAGACGAUGUUCAGCUUCAUGCAUCUCAGCUUUCAGGAGUUCUUCACCGCUCUUUACUACAUCUCACUAGAGGAAAGAGAGUUUCUAGACAAGCUCACAGAGCGAUUUCACUCUCAAACACAAAGUUAUCUCUCCUUAUAUUUGGAUAAGGACUUUCCAUUAAAGUAUGGAUGUCCUGAACCUCAUUUCCUGCCUGUGGUUCAGUUUCUCUGUGGUCUCUCUAAUAGUGAAGUCAGCCGCUCAUUACAGGAGAUGUACAAUCUGUCUGUCCCAUCCUUUGUUCAGCCACAGCUGAGAGAAUGGAUACUUGAUAUGAGCAAAAGUGGUGUGUACAGUUAUUUGCCCUUCAUCCUCCACUGUCUCUAUGAGCUCCACGAGAAAGAGUUUGUGCAGAAAGCUAUGGAAGCUUGGCUGGAGUUGGACAUGUCCUGGGAUCCACUGAGCAGGACAGACUGCUGGGCUUUGCUGUACUGUCUGGACUGCUGUCCUCACUUUAGAAGCUUAAAGCUCAACUUUGCAGCAGCAGAGCUGAAGAUGCUGCAGGAUGUGCUGUGCAGGACCCCAAAACUAGGGUUGACUGUACAAAAUGUUUCAGACACAGAUGUCACCGUCCUCCUUUCAGCUCUUGGAGAAGGAAAGCAACUGGGAGAACUAAAGCUAAACAGCAGCUGUCUAUCAGAUCAAAGUGUGCAGCAGGUUCUCAAAGCUCUGCACAAACAGAAAAAAGUGGGUGGACUUCAGAUUUCAGUGAAGAGCAUCACAGCCGAUACUGCGCUCAUCCUCACAGACUUCCUGCAGAGCUGCAGCAAAGCGGAAUGGGAGGAGAUCAGUUUAAGCACCAGUGAUGUGGCGAGUCUCUGCUCGUCUCUCCGGCUCUUCAGCUUUGAGGAAAAACUUGUGGUGAAUGUGGUGAGGUUAUGUUCAAGCAUACAGAAUCAGCCGUCGCUGUCAGAAAUCAUCCUCAAUUGUCCACGUUCAGAGGCAUCUAACAUUGAUAUCAAGAGCUUCACAGAGUCGUUCCACAAUGUUAACUGUAUAGCUGAAGAAAGUGCAGAUUUUGACAGGAAUGUCAAUGCUCUGCUGACUCUUUUGACGUCAAUGUCUGGAUUAAGUGCAUUAAAUCUGUCUGUUCCUUUCUUGACGGAGACCUGGGCUUCCAGAGUCCUCUUCCUCGUCGAGUCUUCCCCUAAACUGACAGUGAUUAAUUUUCAUGCUGGCUCAUGGUGCUCAGAUGGGGUGAAAUGGCUCCCGGGUCUCUUAUUGGAGGAGGGAAUCAAGUUGCUGAAGGAAUCUGCAAAACGUCCAGAGUGCAUUGUGAACAUUAGAGGGUUCAGAUGCAGUAAAUCCUCUGAGCGCUGCUCUCGACACACAGAGCAAAUCGACCAGCUCAGCUGCAACCAGAGAGUCACCAUUCAGUUCUGUGGAGACCAAUGUACAGAAGACAUAAAAUUGAAACUGGUUCUGCCUGAUGAAAACUGAAGCUGUUAAAGUGGUCCGUUUCUGAUUCUGGCAGCUGGAGAAAUAACUCACACUGUGUCUUCAGAGUACCAUCCUCCUCGAGGUGCCUUAAAGGGAUAGUUCACCCACACUGUAAAUAAUUCAGGGUUCCACUCAAUUCAUUCAGGUUUUCCCCACACAAAGUAAACAAAAAUCUAAAUGGAUUGAACAAAAUUAAGUUGUAGCAAAAAAAUCUCAAGAAUUGUGUUGUUUGACCUCAUUUUAAGUUGUUUGAACAGCAGAAAAAUCUCAUUUUUUGAGUGCAAAAAUGAAACUUUUCUAACUAUUUACUCACCUUUCUUUAUUCUGGUAAACACAAAGGAAGAUAUUUUGAACUAAGCUGAAAACCUGGAGUUAAAGGUUACUUAUACAAUACCUGACAAACGUUUUGUCAUUUUUGUAACAUAAUUCAAGAGUUCCCACUUAGAUAAGCUUGGCGGUUAUAGCAGGUUUGACAUGCUGUCCCUGGAGAGAACCCUGAGCUCGAAAAUACUUGAGCCCAAGGCUUCCGCCCGAUCAAUAAGCAUAAAAGGGGAUAUGAGAUCAGGUAGGUCUCGAGAGCUCCCCUUUAGAAAAAGGAGGAAAAGGAGAUGGGGUGGAAGGGGGGAUUGCUUUAAAACGAAGUUAGAGUAGUUGGGAGAAAACGAUCCAUUUAUAGUCAGCUUGCAUCACUCUGAUUGGAUUAUUACUGAUUACAGAUGAGAUGCCAGUCGUGCUCAAUCAUAUCACAAGCUCCUCUCGAA